ACUCCCUCUAUCAGCAAGACACGCUCUUGUUUCCAGUCUUUCCUCUUCGUCCCCCCGCCACCUUCCCGGCAACACUCUGGCUCCGCUCCGUCUGGCGGUCUUCUGCUGUUUGGAUUUGCUCAUUCGCGGAUCGAACAAGAUUAGCUCGUGGUUGCCCAUUUGGGAAAUGAAGUUGGUGGCAGCCGCUGUACUUCAAAUCAAGCUUCUUCUUCUUGCCUGUAAUUUGCUUUGCACCAUCACUUACUCGGGCUACAGUUACACAUCCCAACACCCAUCAGAUUCUUUCUGUCCCAUAUCUUGAUUUCUAUAAGCGGAGCGAGGAGAAUCUCGGAGCGUUGGCCAUGGCAGAGAGACUGGUUCUCCGACAACCUCCCGUCUCUUCUCACUCCUCAUUUUCCCAUCGGAGGUUGGCGCAGGUGACCGGUCUCCGACCUGGGAUUUCAGCCGGACGCGCUUACGCCAAUACUGCUCGUGCCAGGAGUGUAGGGGUUAGUGCUGUGCAUGAUGAUGUCGGCACAAAUUCUUCUCCAAAGGUCGGAUCAUUUAACGAGUUGAUUGAGUCUUUGAUUAGUCGUGAGGAUCUAUCUGAGGCUGACGCCGAGGCGUCUCUAGACUUUCUUUUGAAGGACGCUGAUGAGGCACUGAUCAGUGCUUUUCUUGUGCUGUUGAGAGCCAAAGGAGAGACCUUUGAAGAGGUUGUAGGCUUGGCAAGGGCAAUGAUCAAGUAUGCUAAGAAAGUGGAAGGAUUAGUUGAUGCGGUAGAUAUUGUCGGAACAGGCGGUGAUGGUGCCAACACGGUUAACAUAUCAACCGGUGCUUCUGUACUUGCUGCAGCUUGCGGUGCCAAAGUUGCAAAGCAAGGGAACCGUUCGAGCUCUUCGGCAUGCGGGAGUGCUGAUGUAUUGGAAGCCUUGGGAGUUGCCAUCGACUUAGAACCCAAGGGGAUCAAGAGAUGUGUGGAUGAAGUAGGAAUUGGUUUUAUGAUGGCUCCGAAAUAUCAUCCGGCAAUGAAGAUUGUUAGUCCUGUGAGGAAGAAGCUGAAAGUGAAAACGGUAUUUAAUGUACUAGGACCUAUGUUGAAUCCAGCACGGGUAUCUUUUGUUGUCGUUGGUGUCUACAAAGAUGACCUAGUUCUUAAAAUGGCAAAGGCACUGCAACGAUUUGGCAUGAAGAGAGCGCUUGUUGUUCAUUCAGAGGGUCUGGAUGAAAUUAGUCCUCUCGGGGCUGGGUUAGUUCUUGACGUUACUCCGGAGAAGAUUGACAAAUUCUCCUUUGAUCCAUUGGACUUUGGCAUUCCUCGGUGUACGUUAGAUGACCUGAGAGGUGGAGGCCCCGCUUAUAAUGCGGAAGUCUUGAAGCGCGUAUUAUCGGGGGAAAAAGGACCAAUUGCGGACGCAUUUAUACUAAAUGCAGCAGCAGCUCUCUUAGUCGUGGGCCAAGUACGUACAUUAGCUGAUGGAGUAAGUUUGGCUCAAGAAACUCAACAAUCUGGAAGAGCUUUGCAGACCCUGAACAAGUGGAUAAACAUCUCCAACAAGGCAAAGGAAGAGCUUUAGAGACACUGAACAAGCAAACAAUCAUCUCCAUUUGUAUACAAGACUCGAGUCUCAUGGGUUGAUCAGAAGUCGAAGUGUGAGAAUACAAGUAGGCUCAGCAAGCACAGGGAUUCGGCGUUCAUUUUGGUAUGCAAAGAACUUUGAAAACAAUCUUACAGGUAUGUCGAUGUUUAAGGAAGAAAACAUUGAUUUCUUCUCUACAGUAAAACUUGGUCCGAGUUAUGAGAGACGUUGUACCAUGAUGCACUUGCUUCUGUCAUUUCUAUCCUUUAAGGAUGCAAUUUAAAGAACCGCUGCAUCAGAUUGCUAGAAUUUCAAGGA